UCACAUCCCUCCUAUAUAACAUCAAAAAUCCUAUUGGAAAACUCUACUAAGCUUGCAAGUGAGUAACAUAAACCUCAGUUGGGCUUGCAUGGGUGGCCGGCCUUCUUCCACUAAAAGGCUACUGGCCAUAGCUGUCGCGAUCAUUGCCGUGAUUUCGCCUCUCUACAUCGAUUGGGAGCCGUCUGAUGAGCCCGAGCCGUGUGAGGGGACCAGCGUCCCGGUCGCCUGGCUUCCUCUAUUACUUAUCACCUUGAUCAUGGCCAUAAACCUGUCACGCUUCUUGGACCGUAGAUACGCGAGGCUGGACCCUUACUGGAUACAUAGAGUCGGGGGCUCUUCAUGUGGGAUCGCCGCGCUGCUCAUGGUGCUUGCAUUGGUGUUGAAGUGUAAGGCUUCGAUGAGAGAAUGAGGAACGUUAUUGUGUGGCCCGUUUGGAUGUCGCAAGAGCCUAGAUUUCUAUGGUUGUGUUUGGAUGCACAAGUGAAUUGAAUGAGGAACGUUACCGUGUGGCCCAUUUGGA